AUGUCACAUUUGCUCAAUGCUUCCGCUGAUGACCCUAAGGAUGAGUACUGUGACCCGACGUCGUUCGAAUGCACACCUCCGACGCUCAUCCACAAGCACAAAGAUACAGUGUAUUCUAACCGCAGCUCUCAAAAAAUCGUUCGAAGCCUCCGACGGGAUUCUGGAAUAUUUUCUCACGAGGUUUACUACUACGAGCCAGUAGCGGAGAAUGAAUUUGGUAUGCAGGAGAGUUUGUUAAUAUUGGUGAUUUACUGGGAAUGUCGACAUGCAUAACGGCUGAUGGUCUUAUUAAUGCCUCAGCAAUUGCUUAUUCACUGGAAAUUUGUUUCCCAUUGCACAGGCUGUAAUGCCUUAAUUUUCCUAAGGGAAUAUUUCGAAAUCUAUUCGCAAACACAGGUUGCAAUGUGAUAUACGGGCGUAACGACUGGUUAAGCAUUUCUUAGGACAUGCAUCCCGUCCAUAUUGCGAUUCCUUUAUGACUAUUCGUGGUAAAAUAAUCGGAAAUGCAUUAUUUGAGACAGAAUGCAACCCAGGCUUCAACAUGUUGCGGUGCGAGCCACUACCUUAAACCUAGCGAAGUCGGUGCACACGUUUAACAUUUUGUGAAAAAUUAUGGAGGAAUGGUGAAGUAUCCUUAGUGAUAGCCAAAUGUUAUGUUAGCAUUUGUUGCUCCCUCUCACGAUACAGAUUGUUUAUGAAUGCACUGCAGUCCUUUUAUGAAUCAUUGGACGUCAAAAGACUGAUAGCGUAAAAUGCAUUCGUGGUGCAUUAGACGCUGUUUUAAGAAGGUCCUGCAUGUUUACCGUGGGUAUUAUGAAGUGCCUUAAAUCCUGAGUAACUUGGGUUAUCUCUGAAGAUUCCAUUUAUUACUCGGAAGCUGGGGACCCCUUGCUUUAUUUCGCUAACCACUUCAACAGGAGGUCUGUUGGGCGAGUCGAAUGUUUCCCCUUCACUUCAAAAGAGCGUCAACCCGGCAGUAUAACGUGUUUUCUGAAAAUUUUAUAAUGCACAGCUGACCUUUAUUACGAUGGGCGAUUUCAAUGUUCUUUUAUUUCCAAAAGUCGAACGUUAUUUUUGACGUUUCCGGUAGCAUUUGUCCAGUAGUCCUGUACAUGAUUGACGCUUUUUCCGUCGAAGGCAUGAUGGUCCACAAUAAUCCACCCAGAAUACAAUCAUGGUGAAACCCCUUCUACCAGUACUCACAAGAACUGAAACUGUCAGAAAAUGAUUGUCAGGGAACAAUGAUUGCCUUGUUGGUUCUACGCUUUCUUAUGUUUAUGUUGUGUAUAGUCUGAUAGGUAUUCUGAAUGUCAUACAUAAUUGUCCCUCUAUGCCUCUAUAAUGUCAAAUCUGUUUGAAAUAAUCUCAGUGGCAGUGGAACCUUGCUUACAAAGAUGUCCAAAGAAAUGUCAGGAGGUUUCAGGCGCUCCCGCCUUUUCCGUUUUAAAUCAGGCCUUAUGUUGCAAUUCAUGAUGUAUGCUAAAUCUACCAGCUGGUGUGUCAGGAAGUUGUAAAUUGAUGGUGUAUUAGGGUUCUCAGCGAUAUCUACAUGCCUAUGUUGCACCUGAACGUUCCUUGUUAUCCUUGCUUCACGCAGCACGAACUCAUCCUCUCUCCCUUGCGUACGCUGUGUCCGGCCUUGUUGACUGCAUACCUUUGAAAUCGUUUACCUCCUGGCUAGGCGGGUCUAAGUAUCGAAUACAUAUUUGACUGGCCAAGACCGAUCAACUGAUUCGGGUUCAAACCGCGAAUGCGUCGGUACCUGGAGAAGGGGUUCCAGCCUAAUUCUGCCCCUUAUCAUCGUUUAGGCACGGGAGUGAAUAUGUUAUUACCGACAAAGACAAGGGAGACUGGAAUAGCCAUUUCUGGCUUGUUAGCCGUGGUCAGCCAGUCAUACCCAACCCCGAAGUGUAGAACACCCGAGGCUCUAACUCACGACCUGUUGGUAAGAAGUCCACGCCUCUAACCACUGGGCCACGAGUCCGUCGCCCUGUCGGUUUCGAUCGGGAAUAUACAAUGGUAGGGGACGCUGACCGAUCGUUCUUAUGGGACCCACUCGUUCCGUUGUGCCUUACGGGAGUAAAUACUUCACCGUACUAACGGUGGUCUUGCGUAAAUUCCCAGGAAUUACAACUUCCCUUGUCCUAACGUCAACCCUAAUUCCAGUCCUUGCAAUAACCCUAACACCUCUGGAACUUAGUGUGAGACCUCCUGAAAAAGGGUUGUUGCCUUUUCCUGUGCUCUACUCUCAGCGGCUUCGACCCAGCAUCGACCUGGCGGAGCGCAUGGGUGUGCAGUCUUGCUAAAUAGAGUGACGCCGAGCCUGAAAAUGUCAUAAUACGGUUAUCACUAGUCAGGGAAACAGUCAUUUCAGUAGUCUUAUCUAACCGAAGGCCUAUCAACAGACGGAAUUGGGACAGAGGUCGUGCGAUUCAUCAGAAUGACCUUUUUGCUGUGUCCGGAAGACGGUUCAUGCGCUAGUCAGCUGUCCGUUAACUAUAUCCGAACUUCAAAGACCUUCCACUUCUGGCAGUCGACUAGGGUUCCUAAACACAGCCAACCCUUUACUUUCUUAAUAUAGGAUUGAACUUUCGUGUGGCGUAACCUUUUCAUAAUUUGGACCGACAUUUUGACGGCUGAUAAAUAAGUAGCAAUGCGGGGUUAAUCAUGUAGACGUAAGUAAGUACAGUAGGUGGGCUAACUCAUAAAAUGUCAACCGAAAUUCCAAAAUGCGUUCUCGUUCCGAAAAGAUCAAUUAAGUAGGGUUGUAAAACGAACCAUCGUGCAGCGUAAUGCCAUAGUAAUUCAAUUACCUCAGGAUGUCGGAUUUCGAACGAAUUUCUUUCUGAUUGCACGUAAAAACUAUACUCUGUAAAAACACUACUUGAGUAGGAUGCAUUUUCCUCGUUGAUUUUCAAUGCCCUUAAAGACUCAAUUAUAUUAAAUGGAAAAAGUGCAUAAAAAUAUUUAUUCUAUUGCUCAUCUGGUGGAAAAUUACGUCUUCUUCCAAGCUUAUACUCGAAGUAUGGGUAUAAUAAGGUUUUAAAAAAUUUUCUAAUUGUGAGACUUUUAAUACCGUGAAAUGGCCGUUCUUAAAACGUCAUGUCUCUGCAUUUGCCAAUGUGGCUUGUAAAGUUAACAAUAUUGUUCAAAUCCACUGCUAAAUUUUAUGAACCUAAUGUAGUCUCCCCUUAAUACCAUAGAGGAAUGUACGGUUUUCUGUACACGUAAAUAUAUACGGGUUUUAAUUGGGAAACCCCGAAUACAAAUGUGACCGCAGGUCGGGUUCAAAAUUAUUCGGGCAUUGGAAAAGUUUUUGAAAACCGAAUAAUACUCUUCCUUCAAGUAUGAAAUUGGGAAAGGCGUCAUUUUCUGCCGAAUGAGUAAAAACGAACAUUUUUUGCAUGUUUUCCAUGAAAUAUAAUUGAAUUUUUAAGGACAUCGAAAAUCAACGAGAAAAUGCAUGCUACUUAAGUAGUGUUUUUACAGAGUAUAGUUUUUACGUGCAAUCAGAAAGAAAUUCGUUCAAAAUCCGACAUCCAGAGGUAAUUGAAUUACUAUGGCCUUACGCUGCAUGAUGGUGCGUUUUACAACCCUACUUAAUUACUCUUUUCGGAACGAAAACGAAUUUUGGAAUUUCGGUUGACAUUUUAUGAGUUAGCCUACCUACUGUGUCUCAGGGCUUCCCAUUCUGGUGGAAGCAGUCUAGCAAACAUUGCGUCAUUUUGUUUUUCCCGAACAGUGUCAGGACCUCAGUGGUCGAUAAAAUAUUGACUCAAGCUUAUCUUGCGCGUAGCAAAGAAUACUGAUCUGAAGAAUUUAUUAGCUUGCUACAUGGAAAAAUCGUUCACAGCAUCGUGUUUGCUUGCUUGCUUUUACAGGCCAUCGCUGACUACCUUUUCCCUUAGUUGACGUUUGUCGUUUGUCCUAAUUAUUUCUUUACGAAAUGUUCCUCGUAAAGGCCGCUUGGGUGCUUACAACGGAAUUCGCAACUAAGCCCUCAACUAGGUCUUCUCAAUUAGUCCGAAUGAUUUGACUCAACUUGACUGAAAACACCGAUGUUUGGUGGCGGUUUAAUUAGGGGAGUCACCGAUGCCAUUAAAAGUCCAUCCUAUUUGGCACAAAAAACCUGCAUGAAUUCGGAGAAACAGGAUUGUCUUGCUGACGCCAGUUUUUUGCAAGUUAAACUGGGCAGGAUGAAUUUUAAAUUGGAAAUUCUGCCUUAACUUUUAUUACAUUCGUGCCUUUAGGGUGCCUAACAGUCGACCGCUGCAUACGGCUUCUAGGCCCUCCGACGGUCUGCGUGGUCCUUUUCACAGAUAACUAGCCAAAAAUCAUCAUUAGACGAAAGAUGCGGUCUUAAUGGCAAAUGGGUUGAGCGUUUAGUUAAAAUUGUUGACACACAUGGUUGCUCCACUAACCCUGCACUUUGGAAAAAUGCGAAAUCACUACUAGCUUUAGCACUGUACAAUUUUGGGUUGUUUAGUAGUGUACUAGCAAAAAUGGCACGUAAUUUUUCAGACUUUGCUAGUAAAAGCGAGACCGACCGACUUGGCGGGUUUUUUAAAAAUUAACGUGAACCCUUACUAUGAGACCAUAUCUUUUGGGAUUACAGGUAGAUCCUACGCGGAGAGACUCCUGCGAUCGUUAGAUCAAGAUCACUGUGCGAUUUUUAAUGUGCCUCGGACUGCCUUAACUUCGCCGUUUCAUCUCUGUGUGCAUUUGUGUUCUUUCUCAUAUAUGCUGCCGUUUCUGUCUACAGCCCGUCAAUUCCGGUUCUGAAUGCGGCCCAAGACAACUUUGAGAUAUCCUGAUAUGCCUGAAUGGACUGCAGUAUUUCUUGUUAAGGAUGCCUUCUUAUAAGCAACAAUCUCAAAGCCAGUAUAAGUGUAUCCUAAUCUACACAGAAUUCUGAAUACAGAAAUCUGGAAAUUAGAGUACAUGCAUGAAUGGGCCUGUCUUGCUUAACUGCAAGCUCUGUCAGUCUUUCGUCGAGCACAACCUGCGCCGAGUUAGAAAUUGUGGGAUGUUGCCGAUCCUGGGCAGUCCUGUUUGUCCUUAGCCGCUCUGGGUGCAUUUGCAUACCCCUUUUGGAUGUUUGUGACAUUAAAAGCCGACUGAAUGGCUACACAUCAGUCUAAUUUAAUAAAUAAAGUCCGCUUACCCAACCAGCACGUUAUCUAGAAUCACUUAAAAUUCACUUGAAAACACCGUUCAGCAUUUCGAAUCGAUUACUAGACGGCACACAGACGCGAUACCGGAUACUUCGUAGGGGAAUGCAUUGUGAAGGACGGUAGGUAAUUAAGAAGAAUUGUGGGCAAAAUGAGAUGCAGAUAUAAACGAAGAAGAGGGGUCGACUUAGUCACAACUGGUAUGUCCUUCGGGUAUUCGGGUCUGUACAGGAUUUCUUCAUCAGAGAACUUGCAAGUGCCAUAGCACAAAUAAGUUCCCCUGUAGAAUUCUAAAGCCUGUCCACUAUCUGCGUCUUUGGCCGGAAACCAGAUAGGACAGUUCAGAUUUGGGCGCGUAAGGCUUAAUAUGGGGUGGAGAGUAUCGACCUGUCGGUUUAUGGAAUUGUUAUCGCGUAUGCAAACCCACAGCAGCUCACGACUUCUCCUUUGGCUGGCACGUGCUGUUACCCCUGUACCAGCCGAGGAGAAUUCCUGGUCGGCUUCUAAAGUGGCGGUUUGGAACAGUGGGUUACCCCUGCGCAUUGUCGGGCUGCACCCACGUGAUCGCGAGUCGCGCCUCCUCGCGGUUUGCCCCAGCAAUUUCAAAGGCAAUUUUAGCCAGAGAUAUAAUACGUAGCAGUGAAUUUCUUGGGUGAUAGGUGAUACUGGCGCCGAAGUAUGCAGUAAGCGUCUUCUGUCUGCAGUUGGUAUUUGCGAUUCCUAGUAAAGGCUUUGUCGGCAAGAAUUAUCUUGCAUAACCAUCUGAGUGUUGGCUCGUGUUUUUACUCCGUUAUGUCUGACGACCAAGGUAUAAUAUUGAGAUUAUGUCUGUGCUCUGUUUCAGGUUAAACGUAAAGUGGAUCGGUUGCGCCACAUUCCGCUUGGUCUUUUAUGGCAACGAAAUGUGUGUCGCAUAGGCGCUUCGAGUAAAUUUUGAGAUUAGUUGACAAGGAGGAUUGUCCAUAGAUGUUUUGGCAGAUUUUGAAUAAUCCAUAUUGACCAAAUUUGAAAAACUCGGCCCCUCGGUGGGAUUCGAACCCGCGCAGUAAGGGGAAGGCUUUAGUACAGCCAAUGCUCUGACCACCUGAACUACGAGGCCCCGCCGAACGACGCGAGUUUAAUCAAAUUUCGGUCAGGUUACCCGCCCAACCUACUGCAACGUCUGGAAUCCACCAAAUCUGAUACAGUAAGUUUACUGCCCAAGUAGGAUGUCCUAGGUAAUUCACCUAGAAUCCAUCAGAUGACUACAGGGCUCACGUAAUUGAUAAAUAAACUCAUAGAUUAAUUAUUAAAAAUCUGUCAGAGCACCUAUGAAUUACGUGAGCCUGGUUGUCAUCUGUUGGAUUCUAGGCGAAUUACUUAGGAAAUCCUGCCUGGGCAGUCAACUCACUGUAUCAGAUUUGGUGGAUUCCAGACGUUGCAGUAGGUUGGGCGGAUAACUUGACCCAAAUGUGAUUAGACUCGCGUCGUCGGGCGGGGCCUCGUUGCUCAGGUGGUUCGAGCGUUGGCUGUACUAAAGCCUUCCCCUUACUGUCGUGGGUUCGAAUCCCAUUGAAACGCCAAGUUGUUGACAGUUGGGUCAAUAUGAAUGAGGAUCGUGGCUAUGUGCCUAUCACCGGGAAGAAUAUCAAUGGAGGCUAAUACUACGCCAUCUUUUGGUGGUAGCGUUAAGAACAAAGUCGGAGCUCAGUCCUAAGACCGAGGUCUGAGGUUAGGGUAUAGACUUUUUUCGGCAGGUGAUUGCAUACGGUGAUUUUGCUUCUUUUUUAGCGCUGUUAGUGAGCUCUGGUUUGCAAAGGUUCUAGGGUGGCUUUUGUUCACUUAUGAUCGUCAGCUAACCAUCCUUUGUCUCCCUUGGUCAGGAAUAUCUAUCAUUCAAAGCUCGAUACAACUGGCCGUUUGACAUAACUUUCUGCCGUAUGACAUGCCAUCCCACUUGAAACUCCCGGACUGGUCAUAAAAACAGAUGUUUUGUCGUUGUUUUUCGUAGUUCUUGGUUUGAUGUCGACAAACUAUGAGGAAAUAAUGCUCACCUUCCAUUUGACGGGUCUGAUUCGUAAUCGUUCCGUCUCCAUCUCUAGUUAGAACAAAGGCAGAAUGUUGUGUGAACAAGCAUAUAAUUUCGCCGUCAAUGUGGUCGCGAAAAGUGCCAUUGCCACCAUUACUCGCAAACGUCUUUUAGCAGAAAACGGCGACUGUGCAUAUUGUAAAAUGGUCAAAACUUUCUUGGUCAGGUUUGGAAUCAUUUAAGUUAAACAUGCUAACUGCAAAACAAUCCGGUCACCCUUUUUCUCCCACAAGAGGUUGGCGGUUUGGAACUUUCGUCAUAGCCUACAGUUCUUGAAGGCUGUAACCUCGGGCGAUUGAAAAUAAUUUUAAGCGAAUGAUGAAAGAUAUGGAAAAUGAAAUACUUUAGGUCUGAUUAUGGAUCUCAUUCGUCCGGCUUUCGCUAACCCCAGUUAUAUCAGUGCACAGUCAAGUCAUGUUGUGAUGUAAUCUCAACACCGGGUGGCACUUUUUGUUACCUGUGUUGCAGCGCCCUUGUCCCUCUGUGGUCACAAUGCUGAACGCUGUGGUAUAGAAUAGGUUAUUCGACACACAUAAACGUGCUGAAAUAUUCAGAAGACGAGUUUGCAAGGAUACGUUUGCUUUCGACAAAUUCUCUGCAGGCCAGUACAAUUAUAUGGGAACGAGAUAUAGUCAAACCUGUAAGUAAUUAAAAAAUCGAUAAAGGUUAGUCUUAAAAACACAGACGAGGUGAGAGCCGAAGGGCGCGGAAAGUCGCAUGUGCAUGGUCGGACUUUGACCACAAAGCCGAUAUGAACAGGAUUCUUUUAAAUCUCUGUCUUUAAUUUACCCUCAUGAACCAAGGACUGAUAGCGUCAGACUUUGUGGACUUUCUUCGUCCGUUAGAGGGCCGGUGGAUGCCCAAAUGUCCGGCCGCAUUUUACAUGCUUCAUUUCAAGCACUCCUGCAAGCCCUACAAGGCAAAAGGGAAAUAAACCUCAGAAACCUGUUUCUGAAUCUACUUUUCUUGACGGACUACGUCAAAUGCUGCAAAGGGGGUGUCAUACAUAACAGAAUAUAUUAAGGAAUAUCACGUGAGGCUCAUUCCUCUGCAUAAUUCUAACACUCAUACUUAGUGAUUCAGUAUGCAAUGCGUCUCAACCUGAGAACCUACAGUUAUGUCUGUGCAGUCAUUUCUGUGUACGCAAACUCGGAUGUUGCUGCGCCCUUUGUUGUAUCUGCAAGCGCAAACAUGGCGCGACAAAAAAUACUUCACGUUUCCAUGCUUAUUACCAUAGCGCCUGACCUGACCACGUAACGUUCCCUCACCCGUUCCCGAUGUGUGAAUCAGCCCUGGGGCAACCGAAAGACCGCGCACGCAUUAGUCGGUUUCGCAAAAGUUCGUCCAUGUUUUGCUCAGACCUCAGUUUUGCUGUUGCUGUAGUAGUACAGCCACGAAAAAGCUGUGUAGAAGGAAGCGCCUAUUUAAGUUUCCUACAAACGAAGAUAACGAAUUGCCCCAAAGACCCCUGAGGACGUCAAUACUUUGUAAUACACUCUAGAGAUAGAAUUUUUACGAUAGCCAAGUGUGCUGACCAUUUUAGGAUCAAUUCUCACGAGCCUUGUUUUAAGCAACUUUGCAAGUACAUCGAAGACUGGAGAAGACAGCAAUAGUAGCAAAAAACUAGUGAAUGGAAGUGCGCACGAUGAGAAAACUAUUUUCUGUAGCCCUGCGGAAGGGAUCAAGAUAGGUACUUUGCUUUAUGGGCUUUUUAUUGACAGAAGGCCAGAUUUGUUGCGAAUACUGUUGGACAACCACGCCUAAGCUGAGAGGUCGGCAUUUCUAAACAAAGCUUCACUAACGUCCAGGAAGAUCCCGUAAAUUGAUUGGCAGGUGCAGAUUAGAAUGAAGAUAGGAAAGUAUAAUCGUUCAAUUCCAUUUGAUAUCAGGGAUAAUAUAAUGUGACUGUGCAUUCCAUAGUAGUUUUAUUGUUAGCCUCAUUUUAUUUUCAUGUGACUAAAAGGGAGAACAUGCGAACUAAAUUAUAGACACCUCCAAAAACGCGUAGUCGUGACCAAGAUGUUGUAUUUAUAAGACUCUGUACUGAAAAUCUGAUUUUCUGUUUGCGUUUAUUGACCUGAAUGGGAUUGCGAUCUGAAUUUAUGUGAAAAUUGGUUUGCGUUAAUGAGUUUUUAUCCCUAGGUGAACCAAAAGGCCUACGCGAAAUCUCUGUGUAGAUUUUUGAACAGAUCACGUUCCCAUCUUUUGAAAUUCGCAGCUGGGCAUGAAAACACUGCUUCCUAAGUUGUUCCACGUAGAAUAGGCCACAUAUUAACAGCAAAUUCAUUUUAAGAGGCAAACUGGGGAGUUAAAAGACCUGCCAUGUGAUUCCUGUCAGCCACCAUAUUUAGACACUGGAAUAGCAAGGCCUCAUUAAAGUUUCAACCCUAUUUUCCUUCUCUCGCCAUGACAGAAAAUUGGGAAAUCUGCCAUAUAUUCACUACCGUACUUGCUUAUACUAGCCACCGAGAUGGACAGGAUAUUUCCGCUAGUCCUAAAGAGAGAACACGCAGUCAUGUUGUAUGCAUUGGACGGAGGCUUGAGGCCACUUCAACGGUUGCGUCCAGUCUUACCUCUAGGCAGCUUGAUUUGGGCCUUGAGAAUUUAGCCGAUCAAGCUCAGACUCUAUGCCCAUUUUUCUCACGAGGAGAAACUGGCUCGGUUUUAAACCUCAAAGACUCCUAAAAGCCUGUUUUGGACAUCGAUGUAAUGAAUCGGUCUCUUUUGUACUGCGUAGGAGGACAAACGCGUGUCUGACGCGCAUAGACAUGGAACCACUCUGCGCAUGCCCAUCUCCAGUUGUUCUGACCAUGCCCAACCAUCGUAAGCCAAUGGACAUAGCAACAGGGUGGAGUAGAUGCAACAAAAGUCCACCCCCCUUUAAUUCAAUCCACGCGCACGUGUUCCCCGUGCCUUGCCACGGACGUAUUAUCAGCCUGAAUGGUGCGAGCCAGGCGUGAUUAGUGUCAAGGUCAAAUCACUUGUAAUGAAGGCUUGGACGCAAGUCGGCAUGAAGGGCUCGGCGAUGUGAGUGGCAGUGACGAGCCCUUGAUGUUUGAUGGGCAGGCACGUGACAUGAUGUGUGGGCGCGCGCAUCAGUUGAGAAAAAGUGGGAUUAGCAUGUGAGCCAGUCGAAUCGAGAACUGACAAUAAAUAGCCCACAAGUGAUUCAAAAGGCUCUGUGGUUUUGGUACGACUUGCCGACGUCAUUAAAGUGAGUAAUUUAGAUUUAGUACAAGUUUUUUUCCUGUGAAUCGUUUACUUAAGUCUUCGAGAACACGAUAUCUACUUUUGGCGACGGUAGGACGAAGGAGCCCAAUUGAAUGGCGGUAGACUGUCGAUCGCGUCACGCGGAAGUGGUGGUAAUGGCGGUUCCACAGGUGGGGCAGCACGCCAGGCAGUAAGCUGACGAAAGGCAAGAAAACACGGCAAUCGUUUGAAUUUCUGAUGAUAGUUUUGUUGUACGAUUUCGUAUAGCAGCUGAAAUGAGCGCACUAGUUACAAAAUAAACAAAAAGCAAAUUUCAAGCAGUAACGGGGUUUUCAAUAAUGAUUUGAGGUCAUGGAAAGUAAUAGUUGUUGGCAGUGUAAUGUCUGCAACGGCCUGCAAAUGGAUGCCAUGAUAAAACCCUAUACAACCCGAUCCACGGUCUACUGACAGUUAAGUUGGGUCCUUCAACCUGCCGUUGUCUUAAUAAUUUGUUUGGCGCAGUGCGGGGUCCGACGUGCACGGAUUCAUUUUAAAAUUAAGGAGACGCCCGAAUGACGACUUUGCAAGCAGCAGAGGUAGGGUCAGGGAAGAUCUUUCCUUUGUGAACUGCCGAUGUAUUUAUGGUAGCAACUAAAAUAACAACCAAAUCUGCUGUCGGAGACGGAUUUUCGUCCCCCCCCCCCCUCCCUGUUAUACGAGAGUGGUGGUUAUAGAUGCAUUUUAGGAGACGAAAGAUGGUAUUCUAAAAUAUAUGAAAAAUUCGUAUUUGCGCUGCAUGGUUUUUUUGAAAAUCUUAAAAUGGCACUUUGCAGGAAGAUAAUUCAAGGGGUUACACCUAUCCGUUACCCACCAAGUCUGCAUUAAUAGAUUAAAUAGCGUACCGAUAAUGCUCGGCAAAUACAGUGGUUUAGUAAACAAGUCCCAUGAAAGUGUUUAGGUCAUCCAUUUCCUUGCUGUUAUUAAUAUAUACCGGUAUCUAAUUUCGAUUCGGCGCUGACAGUAAUUGCUUUGUGCAGGAACUGACUGAGGCUAGAGGCCUCCGGGAUCCACUGGCAAGCAUUAUUGACUUAAGGUUUAGCUAAUGCUCAAAACCAAAACACAACUCAGGCACUUUCGACUUCGCGUUUUCAAGCAGAACGCGGGGCAACAUCAAAUUCUGCAAAACGAGUGACGGUCCUCUGGUAGGUGUGGAAGAACUCGACUGAAAUUCAUCAGGUCGAUUUUGUGGCUUUCAUAUGUCAUGAUCCCAUAUCUUUACAAUAUUGGAGAGGAAAAUGGUUGCCCCCUGAAUGGUAACUCUCUUGCAAAUUUAUUUUCAAUACGUGUAUUUUCCCUGCACUGAAUAACUUUCCGUUCAUUCCACAAUGCAGAAAAUCAGACCACAGCCCCCCCUCCCCCCUAACUGUGACAGCCAUUUCAUGUUUAUUGCAGACAACUUGCAGCGCAAAUACGGCGAGCUCAGCGGUGAAAUUGUUACGGUUGAGAUUGUUCUGCAGGACAUUGAAGAACUCAUUAAAACAACUAAGGCUCGAGGCUUGGGCAUCAGCUUAUGUGGAAAUCGCGAUCUCAACCAGAUGGCGGUACUCGUCUGCGGUCUGCGACCGGGUGGAAUCGCUGACCUCGACGGCCGGAUCAUUGUUGGUGACCAACUUCUGGAGGUUAGCUGCCUUUGGACAGGCUGUCGGGUUUGUCUGGCUGUCAGUACUGUUUCUGUGAUGGCUUUUGCUGCUCUUACCAUUUACAGCUCAACGACCACGUCCUGUAUGGCCGCAGUCACUUAAACGCCGCUCCGAUUAUCCUCUCCAGUUAUUCAAGCAUGCUCAAUAAAGCAGCGGAUCGAAAGAAGCAAGGAAGUAGCCAGGCGUUGCGGUUUGUCAUUCGUCGGCUGCCCGAAAACUUGACCAAUCUCGCCUGUCCUCCAAUUACAUAUCCAUCGGUGAGGCAUGUAAACUGGUUUUUGUCUUAAUAUGUGCAAUGCUCUACUUUCCUGGUCAACCCCUUUUUGGAGUAACGUAAGUUUUCCUAUUGAUUGACAGUAAUUUUGACAAAAUAUUAUCACAACACGUUUUUCGUCUAAUUGGCGUUUUGUCACAGCUUAAAAUGGCAGAGGGACGCUCACCAAUCGUGUUACGCGACGCUAUGUAGCUGCUCGUUGGGCUCGAGAGAGGGAGAGCCCUAAGGGAUAACGGAACGAGUGAGUUCCGUAAUACGAUCGGCGAGCACUCCUCUACCAUUGCAUAUUCCCAAACGCAACCGACAGGACAGCGAGCCUGUGGCUCAUUGAUUAGUGGCGUUGGACUUCUAACCAACAGGUGGCGGGGUCGAGUCCCAGGCGUUCCACGCUUCCAGGUUGGGUAUGACUGGCCGACGACGGAAGUGAGCCAGAAAUGGUCAUUCCAGUCUCUCUCGUCUUAGUCGGUAAUGCUAUUCUGCCUAGAAUUUGUACAUUUUACAAGCACUCGUUUUAGGAACAUAUGGGUUAGGAGUGGCCGUCUUAGAAGGAUUCAGAAUAUUUAUUGUAAGGGAAACGCAUGGUUCUGACUAGUAGUCACAAAUCUCCUCUAGAUUUAUUGCAGCAUGGGUGAACAAGCACUAGUGUCCUAGACCAUUUUUGAUUUGAUCGGCAUGGAACGAGCUUGCUUUGUUAAAUAGGAAACCAAACAAUACUUGCGAGCAGGUUUGCUUUUCCUGUAUUUGGUCUAGUGAUCACAUUUUUAAAGUAGUAAAUAUAGCAGCGCAGUAACUGUAGAUUAAACCCGAGACGUUAACGUGCAAAGAGUACAUUCUUUCGGCGUAUGUCAAAUUCCACUGUGGGUUACUCAGUCCAGGGUACUAGCUCGUGACUUUUUACUUGUCUAUGACCGUAUAAGCUUAAUUGCUUUCAAAAGCGAUUUCCGUUUUAGGAGAAUAGAAAUCAUGCACUUUAUAUCAUCCACAGUGAGGUUUUCAACAUUAAAAUACACUAAAAGUGCUGCUGACUGGUUAGCUAGGUCAGUGUUGUGAGUGGGACAGUCGAGUCGCUCAUAAUCAAUCAAGUUAACAGACGCUAAAACAUCGCAUGGAAAGCAUGCGCAUAACACCGUUUCACAGAGCCAACGUUACGAGAGGUCAUCGGUCUCAGGUGAUGAUGAACACUGUCGUGAGGGCGAACUGGUGGAUUGCGCGACAUCAAUAUCACCUCUUCUCCCACCCAUAGACAGGCUUCUUUCGGCAAGAUAAAGUCAGGAUGGUUCGGGUGGAAGGUAAGUAAAUUGCAUAGGCGUCAGCCAGUUGCUGUCUCUGAAUGCAUGUGCACGACAGUGUGUCCUUCGCGAACGACGGCGUUCACCAGGCGCCCCACGAAAUGAACGCAAGAUCGCGAAUCGCGCAUGAAUUAGUUUAUAGUGAGGCAGACUUGAGCAGCAGCUGCUGCAUCAUCUCCCCUCUCAGGCAAGAUGAUGUCAAGGCGACCGAAGGUGGCAGCGGAUGCACGCACUAACAAGGACGAGCGCAUCGUCUACGCGUCCUACACACGACCUCGUUCUCUGUACAUGUAUCAGAACUUCAUGGGGCUGACUCACAUCCCACGCCUGUGAUAGUGCCAGGAAUGCCGCUUAAAUAAGGAGCCAUUGCAGCCUGCGUCUCAGUCCCCAGAGAGAGCAGAGUAAUCGCGUUAGUUUGCAACCUUCCAGGCCAUGUCUAUUAGCACGUCGUGACAAAUUCAGGUGCGUCAGAUAUAGCACAUAGUGAGGGAGAGAUUCCCCAGUGCCGACCCCUCUUUCCUCAAUGUGCCAGUCUACUGCUAGCCAGCUGGUGAUGGGAUUGGACGCAAUGGCUGACAAAGUCAAGUAAGCUGUUUACAUGUAUUGCUGUUUAAUUUCCUCAGAAAUUAACGGUGAACUUGGAGUAGAUCAGCAUAUUCUAGAUCUAGAGGCUCAGACCGGAGCAUUUAUCUAUGAAUAUUUAGGCCAGAGUCCGGUAGCCACAGCGGAUAACUGCGUAAUAUUCAUCAACCGCCGCCAGGAAACUAGUAGUAUACUUAAGGGUAAAGGGAUACCAUAGUAACAGCACAGGUAUUAGUCUGUGCUUUUGGCUAAUACCUUUUUGGCCAAUGCCUUUACACUAAAGGUUUACAUGUGCCCCACACUACCUGCUCUCCGCUUUCAUCUUGCAGUCCCCUUAAGAAGGCAUCGUUUCCACUUAAGUGACGUGUAUAUGUUCUCGCGUACAACGUUUUACCCGCCACGACAAAGUGGAUCGCAUGGUUGCCCCAAACGCACGGACGCAAGAUAGUUGUAAUCAGGACCUGGUCAAGUAUGAGCCCCUGCGGAAUGUGGUAAACUAAUCAGUUGAAAAAGCUCCACAUGCCUUUAGCAAUGCGUCUGUUUGUUUAAACCGAAGAAAAGUAUCGACUUUGCCUGAGCUUAACCGAUCCUACUCGCAGAAUAAUACCGACUAGAUGGUAGUUUCGGCACAGUGACUGACGCGCUCCAAAGUCUUCGUCUAGCGUCCGUCACAGGUCUGCAUACUUUGUUUUGAUUUAACAUCGCGCAACCCUUUUUGGGGCCCUGGGAAUUCCAGAACCAUCGGUGAAAUUAGUUGGAUAUCCAGUUCACCCUGAGUACACUGCACGGUCGGCUGAGAAGACCGACUGUUCCGUCAAAACUGGACUCUAAGGUGGUUAAGGUACUUCCUGGGGCAAAAUACUACUUUUUCACUUCGAAACCCCGUUCCAGCAUAUACAAGAAAUUUUGAAUUCAUCCCAAGUUCAGUUCUAGCUUUACGAGAGGUUUCUAAGAGGAAAUGCGAUUGAAGCAUGGUUGUGGUCCAAUUAGUUUAAUGCUCAUUUUGCACAGGGCGUGAAAUUUACAAACUUUCAGUUAAAAAUUUUGAUUAAUCAUCACGUUGUCCCCAAAACUGAUCUCCGAGGCCUGAGUGGUGGGCUGAUCGUUAUUAAUGCUGACGUUCCGCAGAUGUACACGUUUCAGAUUGGGGCUCACCUAGGUUCCUCUAUCGAGUGAGUCACGUUCCGAAGUCAGAUCAAGUGAAUGAUGCAAUAUUCACCACGAGGGUGCCAUUAGGACGUUGAAGAGCAUUAUUCUGCAGUGAUUAAUUGUAAUCACUGCUCACACGAAAAUCACUGUCUAAUCCACAGUAUUGACUGUUGAUUCAGACGAUAUGCAUGCAGAGGAGGAAGAGGCGGAUGGGCGCUUGUCAACUCAAGGUACGACUACACGGUCUUAUAUCUCUCUAGUAAAAAAACUGUUUAUGCUCAGUUUAAGACACUUCGCAUUGGAGCGCGCAUCCCCAGGUGCUGAUAGGUUGAACUACAUAAACAAGGUAUGGUAGCUUCUGUUUACGAGUUACUUAUCGGAAAACUACAUUUUUGCGUCUCAAUUAUGCCCUCAACAAAAACAAGAAAUAUAGGAUGUACUGAAAUAAGAUUCGAUUUUGCCCGUUCACUGACUAUAUUACUCUCCAAUCCAUAAUCAUGUGUUUUUACAAAGAAAAAGGGUAAACCAGUAGCAGGACAACGCGAGAUAUAAGUUUCAUAAAGUGAUACAAUGCGUGCUUAUUUAAAGGUUCAUGUUCGGAAAAUGAAUACAAUAGAAGAGCAAUUGAAAAGUUCGGAUGAAAAUUGUUUAAUUAUUUGUAAAAGGAGGCCGUCUGCCGCAUAUUUUUGACUGCUGGUAAAAAAUAUCUUGGUUCGAAACUAUUUCGCCCAGGAGGAGGAGGAUGAUGGGCAGGGAAACUGUCACUGUGUAACGUGGAACGCCUAUCUCCAUCCUGCUCCAACGAAGUGGUUGAUUAUCGAAAAUACCCACCACCACCUGCAAGGGACGUCAGCACCUAUCUUGCCAAAUGUUCCGAUAUGCCUCUUUGUUUAAGUCUCACUCGCCAGGCGCGGCCCCCGCCAAAGAUGUACGGACGCCGUCAACAUGCUUUGACCGGGAUUCAGGGUGCAACUUGGACCGCAAAGAAUAGUUUGUAAGGAAUGAGGACGAAGUUUCAGUGCAGUACACGAGCAGCUGUUACAUUAAACAGGACUGCUUUCAUCCCCUUUGACACAGUGGUGCUAAGGACAGGCCACCACGCUGCAUAUAUAAGUCCUAUAGCCUCGUAAAGGAAGUCCUCCUGAACAGAAAACUCCCUUCUAACUGCACUGACAUUUCCUUGACGCCUGGACGUUUAAAAAAGUUGCCAAAUACGCACACGAGAACUGCCGCGCACCAGAUGCCCGGAGUUGUGAUUUUCCUCACCCCACCUGUUGCACAAAUAACUAACUCAGCCCAUCAUUUGGUUUUUGUUUGAAGAAUAGUGAAAAUUCCACAAUGACUUAUUUAUCAUACAUUGCUAGAGGAACAUGUUUCUAUGGAAAGAAUAAAAGGAGACACAAGGGUUCUAGUUGUUUCACUGUAAUAGACUACAUGGUUGCCUGUCAUCCUUCUGGGCCCCAAGUUUUUGUGAGAGUCUGCUAUGUCAGGAUCCGCAAACCAUGGUCAUCGCGGCCUGGUGUGUGCUGUCAGUUGUCUGACACGCGAUUCCCAGCCAGGAGAGGGGCAUGCGCUCCUGCGGGGUAUACAGGUCGUCCGCAUGGCUGCUCAGUCAUCCUUGUCUUUCUGAACCCUUUUUGUGCUGCUACUGGUUAAAAUCCUGGUAGAGUAGAAGCGAAGAGACGAGUCCCAGGAAGCAGUCUUGGAGAAGAAGACACGAUCGCCGGGACAAGAGCUUUAUUAGCCUGACGCUUCGGAUUCCUGCUCGAAUCCAUCAUCAGAGACAAAAGGAGAUAAGGGUGGUCCAUACAUAUGCGGCUGCCUCUUCGCACCACUUGGGGUUGGAGUUGCACACAGACCGGAGGCAACCAUCGGGCGUCAGCUAGUGAAACCGAAAGACCCACUGCCACGGCAAGAAACGUCUGGAGUCGUUUAUCGGAUCUGGUGCAGUUGCGGACAAAGCAACUACGUCGGAGAAACCGGAAGACAACUCCAAACGCGAAUGGCCGAACACGCUGCAGCGGUGCGGAGAAAUGAUGGCAGCUCUCAAGUUGCGGCUCAUUCGACGGGUUCCGGCCACACAUUUAAAUUUGACGAGGCCGAAAUUCUCGUAAGAGGUGACAACCGCGUGAGCUGGGAGCUGCUUGAGUCAUGGUUUACUGGCCCCCAGUCUAUUAACAAGUGCAAUGAACUUCCCAUUCAAUACUCCGUGCUAAGACUUCGUUUAGGCGGAGUAAUUGGCCACACGGGGAGCGCACAGGUGAACACUUUUAACAACGCCAGGGUCGGUGGGUCAGAUGGUCGAGCAAUCAUCACACCAACAUCCAACGCACGUGAUAAAAUUGCAGCAAUUAACGAUGCGAAUGUCGGCCAUCACGCCACGUGCAACGAUCCCUGAUGAAGGGGGAGGGGGAGCCGUGAAUAUUCAUAGGUAUGCGGUAGCAUGGCUACUGCAUCCUUUAGAUACUGCAGCCGCAUAUGCAUGAACCACCCUUAUAUCCUUUUGUCCCUGAUGAUGGAUUCGAGCAGGAAUCCGAAACGUCAGGCUAAUAAAGCUCUUGUCCCGGCGAUCGUGUCUUCUUCUUCAAUCCUGAUAGAGUGUUUGUUGUGGACUAGACGGUGUGGUUGUACGCCUGGGUGCGGGCUUGGCCGCGCCAGACACCUGGGCCCUCUCCCGCUUCCGGUCCUCUUGACCAUGUGCGGUAGAUGCUGCGCAAGUCGCCGCACAUGCUCCAGCCUGCUGUGGAGCACACGGUGGACAUCGUCGGCAUCUAUGGUCGAACUGACAAUACAUCACGGAUCUUGAGGAGUUCAUUUUUUUCGAUUUUAGUCCGUCCACUUGGCAGAGACAUGCCAAAAUAGCACCUGCCUCGCCCGCAAUAUUUAACUGCCUCCGUCUUUUUGUAGAUGUCUCAAGAAUCAAGCAGAAAGAGCAGCGCCGAGACCGCGCCUACUGCGUCGUCCAUUGCCUCCCAACAACUUGACACCCCUGGGUUUCCGACACCUGGCAGAUCCGUCUAUGAAGAGGUUCAUGUGGCUCGGCUUCUUCGGGUAAGCCAUCGCAUGGCUGUAGUGCGGCUUUUUAACCAUGCCGGUUUAUGUGACAUGCCUGGCUCCCUUCCUAAACCUAUCUGGAAAAAAGAGAGUAGGAAGCUACUAUGAUUGAUGUGAAAUUUUCCGUCCCCUGCUUUUGAGGAAACAGGCAGAGAGAGAGAGAGAGAAGAGUUGUUAGCAGCUGGCGUACUGUGCGCUUCAAAAAUGAAAGUUGCUGCAGUGGGUUAGGUUUGUCCAGAGAAAGGAUGUCCUGUUGGGUAAAAAGUUAAGCAUCCGGUGAGGUAGCUACUGGGGAAUCAAUCCUCCCAGUUCAUCCGCUCAUUCCUCACGAUGGGCCAAAGUCGGGACUUGGAAGGCUGCCAGAUAACGUGCUCCGUCUCAGGACUGAGAGUCAGGCUCAAUGGCACUGUAUUUAACUGAUAUUUAUGGCACUAUCCGAGAUCCGAACCGUCUUUACUAAAAUCUGGUACGCCUAGUGGAAAUCGGGUCGUGUCUGUAGCGCGCGUAGGCGGACUGUUUACAUUUGUAAUCGCCUGCGCCUGUCUCCGGCCGUUAUGACACUGUCUUGCCGUUGAAGCUUGGUGAGUGAGGGAGGAGACUGUUGCGAAAGUCUGUUGUCACUGUAAACUAAUUCUCCAGCAGGUCUCCGCCCUAUGCCGACAUCGUGGGUCAUACGUUGGACGUCGUCAUCCAUGACGGUCGAACUGUCAACGAGGGUACGUUCAGAUGUCGCCUGUCUAGAAGACAAUCGGUUGGGCUGUACGACCGCCGAGUUUGGAAACUCUCACAGAGCCAUAACACACUCAACGGAGAGGUUACAAGCGAACUGACUACUUAGUAUACUUUUAUAGACAAUGAGACUCGAUUUGGAAUCGUGGAAAUAAAAUCCCUAUCACUGAGGGCUUUAGCACUAGGUUCUAGAAAACGUUUUCCAGUCGGUGCUGAACUCGAAUCCUCGUGUUUGAGUGUUUCUUUAUUAAAACAUUUCCUCUCACUGAAAACUAGAAGUGCGGAUAGAAAAGCAAAAAGGAGGUUAUCGCCAUUUAACCAGCUGCGUAGACCGUAGAUUCUCCUUCUAAGGCAGAACGGAUGUGUCCAUUUCUGCCCUGCAACGAGGAAUAGGUUGGUGCACGACCUUUCCAUUCGAUCAAACUGGAUUAUCUUUUAGACAGCGGUCACAGCGUCUUCUCAAAUGGCUGAAUAUGUGUGUUCUUCUCAUUUUCGAUCCCGAUUCAUGGCCUACUUUUAACAGAUAUUAUGUAAGGUUAAUUUUUUUACGCUGCUAUAUGAUUCUCAAAGCAGGAUAUGCUGAACUGGCUUGGCAUAUUCUCCCACUCACCUGAAAUAGGUCUCCAGGCAGUCUAUCAUACAGGUGAUUUUAGGUCACGUCGGUUUCCUACCAUUUUAUCACAUGGAGUUAUGGGAAAGUAAACAUCGCCUUCCGAUAUCUUGGCGAUACCUGUCGCCUAAUUUUUCCUCGUCUCUUCACACUACCAUAGGAUUGGAAAAAAACGCAUUAGAUUUGACAUUCAGUCUCGCCUUCUGUUCCGGUUUGCUAAAUGGAGUAAUCUUGAUGUCCGUCUGUGUUUCGGUAAAAGUGGAUAAUUCAUUUGACCCAGCUGUGGAAAACUCGGCGGCCUCGAUGGGAUUGGAACCCACGACAUCAAGGGUAAGGCUUGAGUAUAGCCGACUCUCCAGCCGCCUGAACCACGAAGCCUCACCGGGAGACGUGAGUUUAAUCGCAUGUGUGUCAAGUUAUCAGCCCAGCCUACUGCAACGUGUGAAAUUUACCAUUCCAACACGGUAAGCAAACCUCCAAGGGGGAUUUCAUGAGCAGUCAAGCUGGAAUCCACCAGAUGACUACCAGACCUGAUGAAUUAAUUAGUGUUUUGGCAGAUUUGAACAAUUCACUUGAACCAACUAUGAAAAACUGUUUGGGCAGUCACUUUCCUGAAUCGGAUUUGGUGGAUCCCCUAUGUUGCAGUAUGUUAGGCGGAUAACUUGACACAUAUGUGAGUAAACCCACGUCUCCCGGUGGGACCUCGUAGUUUAGGGGGCUAGAGCGUUGGCUGUAUUCCGACCCUGGUCUUGCUAUCAUGGUUUCGAAUCCCAACGAGAUAGCCGAGACCUUCACACAGCUGGGUCGAGCGAAUUGCUAUGCAUGUUAGGCGAUCGGCCGCACGCCCCCAGGCAUCAGUGAUUUAUCCGAGAACUGCCCCACUUGACGUGGACGAGUCCAUUUUAGGUGUUCUGCACGCACUUAUUUUAACAGUUAGUGGGUCGCGCAUACGCACCGCAGCCCGGUUCUGCAACAAGUGCCUUUCUGGGGAGGGGCAGAUGGGGAUGGAUUCGUUAUAAGCCUUUUAAAGCGUCCCGUGAAAGCUUUCCUUUGACCUCAUUCUAGCCGAUAGUUAAUCAGGAUUGCUGUAUCUUAGGAUAACAUUUUAUUUUACAUUUGCACAGGUAUGUCUGUAGAGCCGGCUAACCCAUUUCUUUUUAACUAACAUGUUUUAGACGCAAACUCGUUUGUCCUCUGAUAAUGCUUAUCACCCUCACUUUGGAGUUAUUUUUCCAUCGGAGUACAAAAUCUGGUUCAAUAGAGGGACAUGGGUUAUCGCAUAGAUAUGGGCAUCGGUAGGCAGACAUGUAUAAGUAUAAGCAUCAAAGUGGGCUUAGGACUAUUCUCGAGCAUGCAGACGUGGCAGACAUUACCAUCUCUGCUUAAAGAACCGAGUGGAGUUUUACCAGAAAAAUAGGGUAGGACUGUCCAUUUCCCAGGAAACUUCAUGAAUCACCUGGUAAUUGACAUUCUCAACCAGCUAAAUAUCCCUGUCAUGUGGUCAUCAUCAUCAUCAUCAUCAUCAUCAUCAUCAUCAUCAUCAUCAUCAUCAUCAUCAUCAUCCAGUCUCUUUAAGCUGGACCUGAGCAAGCGAUCAUUGUCUUUGCCCACGAGUGGUUCAGGUAUUUUCCCUGUGCGCUAUCAGAACUUAGUCAUUAAAGCUCGAGGAUGGGUUGAGGGAAUACAUACUCGGUAUGGAUGCUUAAAUGUUCAGCUGUCCAACACUGUAUUUGCAAGCUAACCGGUCGCUGGUGUCCUUUGAGUUCUGUCAUUUCUUUAAGUUCACAAACAAAAACAAAGAUUGGUCGUUUGCCAAAGAAAGGAGUCUGCCAGUUCCGCAUUUGUGAAUACGACCGUUGUUGAACUUUUUAAGCCAGUACUAAAAUGGACAACAAGAGCGUUGGAAUAACUCAUGACUCAGCCACAGGCAACCACCUACGACGGCCACAGAUGAGAGCUAUGAAGUAAAGCCUAGUGCCCAUAUAUUCCCUGCAGAAAUCAGGCUUAUUUCGAUAAACGCUGUUGUCAUGCUACCUUAAAGACUUGGGACUGUGGCCAUCAGUGCGUGAGGUCUUUGCUGCGGUCGUAUUAACAACUCAACCCAGAUUAAAAUACCUGCACUACCCGCAGGCCAAGGUUGGGAUAGGUUUGGCCGAUGGCGGCAUCAUUAUGCAUUCUUCUGUGAGGGCUAUAGGUUAGAGAUUUGCCGUUAUCAACUCGUAUUCCGGACAAACCCAACCAGUACGUGUCGUUUUCACGCGAGUUUUUUUUCAACUCCUAUUCUAGCCUAGAAGAAUGGCCUCGAGCCCCCAUUUUCAACUCUAGCCGGAAAAUCGAGUGGAAUUAUUUUGGUAAAACGUCUUUGGUGAAGUUUAAUAACGGCUGUCUACAUUAUUAUAAAUUUUAGGGCAAAAAUGGCUUCGGAUUUGCAAUUAUGGACAAGAGCUUUACCAACGAGCCUGGCAUUUACAUAAAACAACUGGUUGAGAACGGUCCCGCCAUGUUGGUAAGUAAAUAAUUAGCAGAUUUUCAAACGCUUAAUUUGCCUUAAUUGGCUUAAGGCACAGGGAUGGUUGUGCUUUCAGAUGCCGGCGUAUUAUUCCCCUCUCAAAAGCAGAAUUUCUUUUUCAGAAUGGGACACUUAGAGCCGGUGACCGUAUCAUCCGGGUGGACUGGCACGACGCUUUGCAUGCAAACUACGAGUCCGUCCUUGAAUGGCUCCGUUCUGCAAAACAUCAGGUUAGCUUAGGUUCCUUAAUGAGUUGUAUUCCAGGGGCAAUGUCCCAUUAGCCUGGGUCGUCCUCAUAUCGUGCCUCCCGGACUCUAAUGAAUCAAAGAUAAUCAAACUAAGUUUAUCGGGGAGAAAAACCUUGUAAUAGACUGUUUACGAGGUCCUGCACCCAUCUUUGGUGGUGACGCAUGGCAAAACACUCAACCGUACUUUUGUAGAAUUGUACAAAAUAAAAGGUCAAAAGGUCUGAAAGCCUGUGGUAGGCCAGUAGCAGCAAAAACGCUCCUUGCAGCCUGGUAUGCGCCGGCAGUUCCCCGACAUCUGGUUCCCUGCCGCUAGAUGCGCUUGCGCUCCCACUGGGUGCACAUGUGGUGGGCAUGGCUGCCCAGGCAUACUCGUCCUUCUGACCCAUGUUGGGAUGUUAUUGUUGGUCAAGAACCUGGUCAUUUACUGUGCGGACCAGGGGGUGGGGAGUGGAACGCCAAUGUGCGGGCUCGACCGUGCCAUCCGCCUGCGCCCUCCCCCGCCUCCGCUCCUCUUGACAAUGUCUUGACACCGGCUCCAGGUGGGGGGAAGGAGGAGAGAGUGCGGUAGACGCUGCACAAGCCUACACUCACUGUAAACUAAUUCCCGUGCAAGUCACCAUGUCUGUUUCACCUUUCAGUGGAGCAUACGGUGGACAUGGUCGGCAGCGACGGCCGAAUUGUCAUCAAACAAAAAUAAUAGCAGUGCUAUGACUGCGUCAGGAGGCACUCCUGUUGCCACAAGGCUUUUGAUUAUCUUUGAAAAAAAUGGCCGAUCAUGAGGUUGUAACUGCUUCUGCGCCCACCGUCCUAAGUCUCGCCUUGUUUUCUUGUCUUCUUUAUUUCAGAGUUCUCCAUGGCCUUUUAAACUGUUUAUCUUCGUAGUACGAAAACGACUGUGUAAUUGAAAUACAUUGCUUAACGUUGAAAUUCGCCAUAGCUUGAAACAAUUACCCUGCAGUCGUCAGGAGCAUGUUUAAUGACACGGGCUCCUCUACUCUAUGCGUAGCUCUGUUGCCCAUCGAAAUUUGAUUUGGACAUUUAACUAGUGCAUCCGAGUACUUUGCAUAGUGUGUGAAAUUUCCAAGCCGAAGGAUUAGCUAGGCGCGGUCGGUUUUCUCCAAGCCUUCUAUUGGCAGGACUGUUUUCUGUGACGCUCAAAUCUCAAGCCUAUCUCAUGAAACAUUGACUGGAAUUCCGAGAUGUGUUUCCAAUUUGAAAAGACUACUUAAAUAGGGUUGUAAUAUUAAUUAUUAUGUCACAUAAUAUCAAGGUAUUCCAGUCACGUCAGGAUGUCGACUUUCGAAUGAGCUUCCUAUAAACCGCUGGCAUAAGGCAUCUUCCGUAGUAAAUGGCCACUUACGUAGCAUGACUUUUUCGUAUUGAUUUUUGACACCCCUAUAAAUUCAGAUACAUUUCAUAGAAAACACGCACAAACAUAUUCUUUCUUUCACUCAUUUGUUGGCAAAUUACGUCUUCAAGUUAUAUACAUGAAACAAAAAGAGAAUCUUUUGGUUUUAACAAGGUUCUCAAUUCCCGAACAAUUUUGAACCCGACCUACCGUUACACUUGCAUUCGGAGUUUCCGAACUACAAGUUGUAUAUUUUCCGUGGAAUGGAAAUCAUACGUUUCUAUAUGCCAUUAAAAUGAGGAAAUAUAAGGCCUAAAAUUUCUUUACUGGACAUGGACCAAGUUGUCUACUUUACAAGCAGCAUUAAUAAAUGUCCUGGCGCGAUUCUAUACUACUAAACACUUCAAGCUCCUGAAAAAUUUCAUAAUUGGGAACUUUUUUGAAACCGAAAGAGACAUUUUCUUAAAGUAUAAAAUUUGAAGACAGCGUAAUAUUUCAUCAAAUGAGUAAAAGAUCGAACAUUUUCGUACCUGUUUUUUAUAAAAUAUAUUUUAAUUUACAAGGGUUUUAAAGAUCAAUAAAAAAAUCAUGCUACUAAAGUGGCCAUUUCUUACGGAAUAUAGCUUAUGCCGGCGGUCGUUAAGGAGUUCAUUCGAAGGCCGGCACCGUGAAGUGACUGGAAUAUCGUAACAUUAUGCACUGUGAUAAUUAAUACGACAACCUUAUUAAGUAAUCUCUUCUAAUCGGAAACAAAUUUCAGAAUUUCAGCCGAAAUUUAAUGACAUAGCAUAUCUACUUCCUAUAUCAUGCGCCGCUAUGCGGCUGCUGGUUGGGCUCGAGAGAGAGAGAGCCCGUAAGGCACAACGGAACGAGUGAUUUUCGUAAGAACGAUCGGUGGGCGCUCCUCUAGCAUCCUAAAUAAAUAUAUAUGAUCAAUUAGCGACCUCUCCCCCCCAUCAUAUUUAAUGGUCUCAGUCGCAACCGACAGGAUAGCGGGCUUGUGGCUCAAGUGUAGGGCGCUGUGUUUGAUGUCCGCUAACUGGGGAGCUCGGUUUGAAUACCAAGUUAUCCAAGCCUGGGUUUGGGCAUGGCUCUUUGACGACUGCUAAUAAGUCAGAAAUGGCCGUCCUGCCCUGCCUUGCCUUGGCACACCUGCGGCCCGGUCUCGCUACUUGUUGUUUAGAAGUCUAACGCCUCUAACCACUGAGCUACGGACUCGUUGUCCUGUCGGUUGCGAUCGGGAAUGUACAAUGGUGGAGGGGCGCUCACCGAUCACUUUUGCGGAACUCACUUGUCCAGCCGUGAAUACGGGCUCUCUCUCGAGCCCAACCAGCAGCCGCACAGCGGCGCAUGCUAUAGGUAGAAUAGCAUCGAAACGAUUCUAUCAAGACGGAUUAGGCUAAUUUCGAUGUAACUGCCACAUACAAAAUCGUUAAGGGCGAGUUCAAACUGGCGCAACCAAUCUGGGAGAGGUGAUAAACUGCAAUUAACACGCAUCGACACAGACGUUAACCAAUCAUAGAAUCUUUCGUUAGACUCAGAUAAGAAUUUAAUUGUUUUUGCACGCUCAAUCUGACGACGAGCUGGGCGACCAGUCCCGAAAAUUUACGCAAUGAAAGUUACAGUUUCCCCAAGAACUCCCUCUUCCUAAUUAAAUAUAUAUAUAUAUAUAUAUAUAUAUAUAUAUAUAUGUUCAGUAGAUGUGAUAGCUCUUGAGAUGUCACAAGUUAUUUCAAAAAAAUCCCUAUUACGCAAACCUCCCUCCCACGCCGCGUUCCCCAAAAUCAUACAGUAGUGAAUAAACGGCCGUGCCUAAAAGAAACAGGAAUAUUUGGCUUUACACAUAUUUGCUAACUAAUUAAAAAGGUGCAUAAGAAAGUGAGACGCACAAAAAUUGAAAAAUAGCCAAAAGCAGUAGCAAAUACAAAGAAACGCUACUUUUUUAAUUGUUCAUUAGCAUUGAAUACAACAGAAAGUCUUUCAGAAAUGGAGAUGGCUGAGCGGAUUGUUCAGUGUGAUUAUCUAGCACAUAAUCAAGCUUUUCCGGCAUUGAAAAAUUCUUCUUCGCCCUGCACAAAAACACUUCCGACAACGUUAAAAUUCGGACUUUUGGUAGGGGUAAAAAUCUACUGGAGGCCACAUGCAGAGAGGCUAGUUGUUUGCCUCACAAGUCUUAUCUCAUUAACAUUCACUAAUCUAAGAGCCCUGGCACGGCCUCUAGAAAGACUUACAACAGAUUUUCUAUAUCUCUUUCAAAAAAAUCGCAGGUUCGCAUUGUUGUCUCCCGUGUGCGCCUUGGGAGCCGUACACAGAUGCCGUCCGACGAUACAGCCCUCAAGCUGGGUCUGCGAAAACGUCUAUCUGUUCCGGCGUUAUCCUCCCUACUAAGUGCUUUCAUUCAUCACUCCAGCAAGAAGACUUCUAUGCAAAGCACAUCUUCCGGCGAACCCUCCCUGGUCUCAAACUCCCUAGGUAAAUUUCUACGCGCGCGCUCGCGCGCACACAGCAGUAGCGAGAACUUUCGCUCCUGCCCUAUUUACCUCCGCCAAACUCCUUUAUUCCUUUCCAUUCUCAGGCUUUUAAAAUCCCCCCCCCCACUUUCCGUGACCUUUCUCCGUAGGCGACGAAAUGCCGCCAAAGAAGUUGGACCUCCUGUCACCAGAUAUCGUAUCGCUUGACCUGAGGCGGGCCAGCUGUCCGGAGCAGUUUGCGCCAGGAUUCGCAAAGAAACUGGCCGGGCGCAGCUUCCUCGGCGUCGUGCCGAUGGCCAGUCUGACACAACUGGCCGACCCACCCCUCAUCGUGUCUCCCCUAGGCUCUGGCCAUGGGCGAGGCGGCGGCGGUGGCGGUGGCGGUGGUGGCGACGGUUCUGGUAGCAAGCUGUGCGCAGACGCCACCAGGUGGGGCGGCAUUUCCGCUGCACGCAAUGCACCCAAAAACACCGCAGCCCGUCGUCCAAUUUUACCGGGGCAGGAAAAUUACAUAGAAAUUGCCCGCAAUCUUGCGCCCGGUCUUGGGGUAUCCCUCAUUGGCGGCUUCGAGACUUCUCUGGUAAGUGGUUUGGCCCGACUUUUUUGCACAGGAAAGCAUGCAUUAAGGGAAGUGUCUUUGGCGACUUCAUCUCGUGACUUGGCGAGCAGUUCGGUGCAUACCCUUUUUGUGUUCGAGCACAGGCCAGACCUUAGCGGCAAACAUGGCUCGUAGAAGGGCGUCAGACGUGGUAUAGAAUAGCCAAAUUUCGAACUCAUCCUGCUGGGAUUGUGAUGGACUUGUUUCUGUGUCGAAAGAAUGUGCUUAACUAGAUGAAAAGCGGUAAAAAUAUGAAUCCUGAACACGUUUAGCAUGGUAGAUGCCAGUAACUUCCGAUUUCUUUUCGCCUGUUCAACAACUAGUAUCCCGUUGCUUCUGUAAUAUUCCGCCCUCCGCAGUUUUCCUAACUGGUUAGUUUCUCUCAGCAAAAGUUCACGAAAUUUUCUUGAAAGUCUCGCAUAACUCUUUUUUGCUUCUCUCAAAUGCUACAGAGUUUUAGAGUAGGUCCUUGAGGGGGAUUAGACCUUUAAACUGUAGUGAUCGGAACGAUUUUAUUAAGACAGAUUAGUCGAACUUUGAAAGUUUCAAUAGUCAGAACAUGUAUGCAGGUUUUAAUAUCUCCCACUGCACAACUGAAUAACCUUUUUAGAGUCACCACGAGUCGAAACCAAUUUGUCAUUAACUGGACGCAAAAGCACGCAGCCGGCCACAAAAAUUGCGACGAAACAGUUUACCUUAAAACGCCGACACACCCAGUGACCACACUCUCUCUCCUUCCUCACCCAUCUGACUCCGCUAACUUGUAGGCCAGCCAUUAAGUAUCUACUUCAGUACGACCCUUUAGGUACAAAAACCUCCCCUGCAAAGAUACCAUCAAGAUAAAAUAAUGAUAAUCCAGAUGACAGGAAAACCAUUUGCAAGACUGCAGAGCCUUGCCAAUGAGGAAAACCGCCUAGGGCGGCUAGGCGAUGGCACUACCGACAAGCAGUCUAACGUCAGCAACCUUUGCCUUUAGUCAUUGCCGCCGCGUCCAAAUUCCAGACUUGCCGAUAAGUCGGAAAUGUCCAAUCUAGCCUCUCGUCCCUUGUUGUCUCUAUUUCCAGGCCCAUCAGUGCAUAUCUUGCAAAAUUUGCGUGACCAGUCAGAGGCCUUCCGCCUUAACGUAAUUACCGAGGCUGCUCACAAAUAUAAUGUGUUGAGCGCCGGAAAAUGAACCCCGCACGUUAUAGCUGGCCUUACCCCAAAUUCCAGAGGGAAGUUGGCGUUUAGGUAAAGGUUAGCAGGGUUAGGAUUAGGGCGAUGGAUAGAGUUAUGGUCAAGCUUAGGACACGGAAUAGGAACCCCCACGCAAGUCAUCGGUGCCACGACGGUGAGUAUGGUCGCUUCUGACGCUCGAACGGUCGUCAUAGUUAGCAGAUCUCUUUGUUUCCGAUUUGGCCGUGAGAAUAGGGCAACAGCGACUACUUUUGCUUAUUCUACCCUUUUCAAUCUACCUCGAUAUUGCUAACUUGGUCGCUUUGACAUCUGGCAGGUGGUUGAUUGUUCAUGGUGCUUAGCACCAGAUAAUGGAGCCAGUUUGGCAUGGGACGCUAGUUCGAUCAAUGUUCAUAGAUACCAAUGCGAAUACCAGUUCUAACCAGCCGAAGUAAAGUUGCAAUUAGACGGAACUAAAUCUAGUUAGUUCAUAUUUGCCCUCUCGAAGUCCAGUUAAGACUUCGAACGCCAUUCUCCUCUGAGCCUGAGUAAAGUCUAUAUAAGGGUAGUAUAAAAAUGCAUAAUAAUAUUCGCACGGAACGAAUACCGCAGCUCUCUGGUGCAGUGGUUGCAUGCGAACUUCCGCGGCAUCUGUCCUCCCGCUAUUCCAACUCCCACAAUGUCCCACUAGUAAGGCGAUGCGAAGACAACUCAAUACGGACGUGGGUGCAAUGAGUGUACCGUAAAGGCCACACCAGGAAGGAGCCACUACAAGUUGUCCUUCUGUGUGGCGAACCUACUUAUCGCAUCAGUUGGCAACCCAACAAACCACGACUUGUCCGUCUGAAUGCACGUCUUGUUGUUUAUGGUGCAGCAGCUGAGCGCUGAAUGCAAACUGUCACGACCUCACCUCUUCUCUCCCCGCGUCAGGGGUAAGUGCGUGUCAAACAGAGUGGCGAUAAGAUGAUGUAUGCAUAAUUGGCGACUUUUAAGUAAACACUGUCGUCUAUGCACACACGCGAGCUAACACGGGCGCGUGGAUGUGUGGGGACAGUGCAGAGCGCACCUGACUGGCGUUAGCGGGAACCGUAGUCUCGCCCGCAUUCACAGACGGGCACCCCAUUACAAGGCGGGACGUUGCUUUGCGAGAGAUCAAGAUUUUCUGGUUUUAUUCCGCCGUUAGUUACGUCUUGUUUGCCGCAGUGCAUGCCCCAUCGCAUGUAUUGCGACAACGCGGAGAUGAAUAAGGGUUUGUGUCUGCUUGGACAGCAUUUGGUUUUGUGGAAUUCAGAUUUUUCCACCGGUCUCUUUCAGGGCGUUCUGCAGAUCCACGAAAUUUUUCCUGAGGGUGUUCUUGCAAAGGACGGCCGCUUGCAGCCCGGAGACCGUAUCAUUGCUGUCAACCAUCAACGCCUGUCCAAGAUGUCCUUUGAGAACGCCGUCAGUACCAUUGUGCACGCCUUCUCUGGCCUCCAGCCCGUUGCCAGUGAUGCAGACCUGGCGACCUUAGCAACCAGAACAGCGACGUCGCCCAACAACAGCAACAACCCCGGCAGUCGGGGUGACUCCUACGUCAGUCUGGUCGUGGAAAGGCCGGCUGGCGUACAGACCAAGUGGUAUGACCAGGAGGUUACAGUGGACCUUCUGAAGCGACCUGGCCGCGGUCUCGGCAUCUGCAUCGUUGAGCGCACAGGUCCAGUGUCGAGGACUGCGCAGGCAAUCGGCGGCGGCGGCGGCGGUGUUUGUGAUGGUCAAGCGAACAUCGCCACUGGUGCCGCAGCGGACUCUGAAAAACCCGCUAUCGCACCACCGCAAAACGGACUAACUUCCGGUAGCAGGGCAGGGGGAGAUCAAGCUGGGCCGAACGAAACCACCUCUCUGGGAGUCAUUAUUUCUGACUUGGUGAGUAGCAUGCCCCUUAAUCAUGCAGCUGGUGAAGCGGUUGGAUGGGUUUAUUUAAUUGAAGCAAUAAGCUAAGUAGGGCUUUUAUUUUAAAGCAGGUUGCGGGGACCACUAAACUUGCACGGGGAGAAAACAUGCAUUGCUUUUUGGUGCCUUUAUAAAUUCGGGCGUAUUCUGUAAAAAUAUUCAUGGAAAUAUCCUUUCUUAUACUCAUUGGGUGGUAAAUUACGUCUUCUGCUAAUUUUUUACCCAAGAUAUGGUAUGCUUCGGUUUAAACAUGUUUGUAAUUAUGUUGUCAGUUCACUAAUGCUGCUUAUGCAGAAUACAACUGGGUCCAAGUCCACUUGAACAUUUUAUGAGCCGUAUAUGUUGUCUUAUUAAUAGCGUAGAAGAGUGUAUGAUUCUACCUGCAUAAAAUGUUCUCAGCUUGUGCUUCGGAAGCCCUAAACGCAAGUGCAACGACGGGUCGUGAUCAAAAUUACUCGGGAAGUUGAAGCUUUUUUCAAACUGAAAUAUGUGAUUUACUACCAAAUGAGAGCGAAAAAGAAUAUUUUUCUGAGUGCGUCGUAUAAAAUAUGUUUGAAUUUAGAAGGAUAUAGAAAAUUAAUGGAAAAGUGCAUAUUUCAUAAGUAGUCAGUGCAUUGUCGAGUUUGGUUUUCCCAUGGCCGAUAAUAGGCGCAUCCAGAAGCCGGCAACCUGCUGUGGAUGAAGGGUCUUGGUAUCACUGUUACAACCCUACCUAAGUGAACCUUACUAAUCAAAAUUCCCACUUCUAAAUUUUGGUUUAAAUUCCAUGAGAUACGCCACCUACUGUUGGCCAAUUUCGUCAUUGUUUCCGGAGCCGGUAGAACAGCUGCCCGCUCGAAGAUUCGUAGGCAAUAUAAUAUCACGCAGCGGGCGGGCGUGGCGCCAUGGCCGAGUCGGCAGAGAGCACCCGAUGCGAAUUGGGGUGGUCUACGGCCUACCUCCAUCGGGCAACGCAAGCUGUUCGGGUGUUCAAGUCCCUACUUCCUUCAAAAUGUUCCACAGUUAAUCUCACAGCUGCAGCUGGUAAAACGCAAACUGCUUCACCUUUGUGGCCCUACAACAGAAACCAGGGUUGACUUCGUUUGGACACUGGCCUAAGAAGAGGGGAUAACUAAUUCACCCGCUUAGUUUUCAAACGGAUUUUUUCCUCCUUUUUUCAGACGUCAUCCCCGGUCAUUCAUCGGUCAGCAGAGGUGACGGCAUGUUACGCGACGAAAAUAGCAUGCAGCAUUAGUCAUACACAUAGCUUUAACAGUUUAACCACAGUACUCGGACAAGUCGUGUUACGCCGGAAGUGUUUUUGGGUGUCUCCUUCUCUGAUGGCUGUGGUUCUCUGGUCUGUGGGAGCUGAAGAGUUUACUUCAUUAAUCUUUGGUUUAUUGCAAUCGCUUUCAGCCAAACAGAUGGCUAGGGACAAAUAGCAUUCACACGUCGUGGUUAAGGCUCAGAAGGCUACGAUCGAUAAUUCCAAGUUGUGAAUUCGACGGGGAGCGAAGUAGGACAGGGCAACGGGCUCGUGGCCCGGUGAGUAGAGGCGUUGACUUCUAAACCAACAGGUCGCGAGUUCGAGGCUCGGGUGUUCCACACUUCGGGCUUGGGUAUGGCUGGCUGACGACGGCUAAUAAGCCAGAAAUGGCCACUCCAGUCUCCCUUGUCUUUGUCGGUAAUAUCAUUCUGCCUACAGGAACUGGUCUCUGCAAUGCGCACUGUGUUGUUUUAUAGGCGAUCCAAUCAACUGCAUCACGGCGUUGGUUGACAGGCUCGGGAAUGGUGCAUAGGAGAGGGAAGAGGGAGAGCGAGAUCGACUCCAGGGACUCCAUUCCCCUGGCACAUCGAUGCAUUCCUCAUCAUAGCAAAUCUGACGCACUUUGAAACUUGCCAUAAACUAUGGCAUGGCAUAAGGCAUAACUAUGUCCUCUUCGCCAGCACUGUGUCUGCCUAGAGUGGCUGACUGAAGCACUAAAAGUCAGGCUCACUGCCUCCUUCUUCUUAUUGGGCUUCCGACGCCCACGCGUGUACCACCCUAUCCGCCGCCGUUAAGACUUAAUGUUUUUGGUGAGCAUUGGAUCGUGCGUGGCACGCGUAGACGGGCCGUCUAACAUUGUCAGCCCUCUCGCCCUAGCUAGCCAUUGGCCGUACUGACUCUGUUUUACCACCGAGCCCAUGUGGAUAAGGGGCGAGAGAGUGUGACAGAAGGUGCGUAAGUUUGCUACCUUUAUGAACUUUUUCACAUGCAAGUCACUGCUCUUUUUGCACCGUGCAAUGGGACGGAGUGAAAUGAAUAAGACCUCGCCAUUUCAGCUUCUGCAUGGAAGCAGUGGCCCUGUCGCUCACAAAAGGGUCUCACUUUUGCCGAACUUUGACGUUCUGCUAGGAUGCGAAUUAUGCCUAAGAACGAGCCAUCUCACCGGGACGCUUAUUUAAAUCCCACUGCGCUCGAAUGAGUUGCGGAAAAACAGCCGCCUCCGGCACGAAGGUCAGAAAGCUUCAGGUUGGGUAGUGAGGGCAGGGCUGGAGCCAAACUGUUUUGCCCUGCCGUGGAUCAAAGGGAUCUCUGAGGCCACGACACGACGGUCAGUGGAUUUUAGCGAAUUGGGCACAUGUGCUAAUGCUAUCCUUGGGGCCAACACUGCCAGGCGUCAGUUAUCUCAUACAAAAAGAUCGCUGAGGUACUUUUCGCCUGUAGUUACGUUCCUACCUAUCACGCACAUAUGGCUGCCAUGUGAAUGGCCUAAAUGACCGCAAAGAGGAUGUUCGCGGACACGCGAACUAAACUCCCGGUCAUUUCAUUCCACGACGGGCUGUCGCCUGCACCUCGAAAAUUCACCAGCAGAUGUAUCUGGCUCCGAGGAACGUUCACUUCCUUGCGUCAUCUUAGGAAGCCGAAUUUCAAGAUUCAAAUCAUUUUCCGUGUGAAGGAUGACCCGCAGCAAAAGAACGCUUUUACCCGGGAAACCAUUAAUCUGUUAAACGCCAUCCAUCUCUCCCAUGCAAGUGCCCGAAACUUGCUGGGCUAGUCGGCUAUCCAAACUAUUUCCUAGUUUGUUUUUUAUUACUUCCUUCUACUCUCUGUGGGCUUUGCAAAUGCCCAUCAGUUGGCCGCAAAUUACUGAAGCCAUAAGCAUCCAUUUUGUGGAAUAUGAUGCUGUCUCACCCAUCUUGUUAAAUCGCAUCUGACAGCCACGGUGUCGAAUAGGAAAACAAGUGUCAUGAAUAGCCGAGUGGACAGGGGGCUGAUUCAGGGGGAAAAUUGCUUUCUACCUCAGACAUAAGCUGUGAAGCUAGAAGCAAAUGCAACCAUUCGUCAGUGUAACUGAUCGGGCAGGUGAGAAACCCGGUCGGACACGGGAAUAUGAACCCUCCUCACGUUAAAUUCCCGGGUGAUACCUAUUCACCUGUCCUAAAUUUAACUCCAACCCUAACCCUCCUACUCGCCCCCCCUGGAAUUUAAGCCAAGACCGCCUGUAAUACGGGGGUCCACAUUUCGAUGCCCAACCAAAAAACGUUUGUGAAUUGGAUGCUGUAAGUUUAAGCAGACAGGAGGAUUGCGAAUGAAAGGUUGAAAAGGCGCCUGAAUGUGGCCGAAGCUGCCGUAAUAGGCGUUUCCUUUAUUCCGGUUUUUUCUUGGGUGCUUAGGCCUUAUGCAUUCAACAUGUCCCGCCCAAGCCAGGACAGUAAUUCUGCGUGUGCAUGGCCACUGUGUCAACUGUUUAAUUAAUACAACCAUUUGCAAGAUUCCAUUACCUCAAGAGAAAGCUCCCAACUCCUGCGUUAAAAAUCUUCUGACAAUCUUACAUUUAGCAGUGGGCCGUGAGCCCCCGAUACAGGCGUGGACAACAGUAUGGCAGAAAUAUCGGCUGCCAGUGUAACGACACGUGCCGCCUUUUCCGACAGUUAGAGAGGAGAUCCUGCUAAAUAACGCAUGCAAUGGGUGCUUGAUUGGAGGAGAGAAUACAGGCCGUUAGUUGUGCUUCAAAGAAACCGAAACUGCCUGUUCUAUUCUGCCCACCGGUAAAUGCCGUUCCCAUCCCCACCCCUUUCCCUCACCAGUUUGUGUAGACCUGAUCGUAACCGAGAGCGAGUAGGACACUCACAACCGGGGCGACGGCUGGAGCAUAAAACUUGUUGGUGUGUGAAUGAACAGACGUUACAUUUGCCGUUUGAUCGGCAUUGUGUUUUUUUGCAACAAAAGCCGCACUGGGGACAGGUCAAAAGGACUCAAAGUAACCCAAAUUGAGCCAAACAUGACAUUAAAAAAUGCUUGCGAGUCAUGGCCAGCCGAGCAGCAGGACUUGUUACAAUUAAGUCAUUACGUAACAACGUGCCAGUUUUUUUUCUGGACGACGUCCACUUCUGCCCUCUCUCUCUCUUUCCCUCCUGGGUCAGGACAGAUCGGCGAACGCCGUUAUAGUGCGAUUUUUUGUCGUCGAAACGCCUAGCACAAUGACCUAAUUAUUGGGCCUUUACAUCAGAUGACCGAUGACCAAACGGCCAUGCUUUGUGCGCCAAAACUGCCGGACCUGAGAAUAACGUAUGGUUAGCCGAUCACGUCACAUGUGCCGGCAGUAGUCGCUUCAUCCACCAUAAUUGUUGUCAGCAAAACUCUCCAAGAACAAUUAGCAAGAAUCUAGGAAUAUAAAAAUAGUUAGAAUGGCUGACAUCAUUUCCACUCCAUGCAUUGACAGGUCAGUUGCGGCAAACGACAAGAGUUGAAGGGUAAGCUCGGAUUUGUUGAGGAAGAUUGAUCAGUUGUAUUCUCGUUAGCCAAGCACUUCUUCCUUUCCUGUUUAAUUUCGCACUAGCCUUCUCCAACUCCGCCCAAGCUUUCGCCGUUUUUUUUUUAAAUUUUCAGCCCGCACUUCGUGAAAUAAAUGCGUUUCUUGUAUGUAGGCUGCACUCAGCAUCACCUCCAUGGUGAACGGCUUUCAAGAUGCUGAGAAAUCGUGAGAAGUAAAACGAGUGGACGAACAAUAAACACCUAAAACUUUCAGCAAAUUUCACACUGUGUGACGGCUUCAGUAUUGGCUUUGAUGUUGCCAUUACUGUAUGGCUGUUGGAGACCGAUUGUUUUCAUCAAGUAUGGAAUCGUGGUUUUGUAAGAAUAAUGUGAUUUUGUUAAGCGUUGCCUUUCUUUGUGCACCUAGCCCAUCCAAAUGACGGAAGUCCGGAUAAUUGAGGGUAGUGGGAUCACGGCCUCCCACACAGUAAAUCCUGGUGAUACAGUGAUAGCAGUGGGCAAUUUCAAUCUUAUUCUCAUAUUUCGGUCAACCAUAGUCUACCGAAAACCCAAAAAACCUCGAGUUGAAGCCGUGGUAUUUGCGGAUAUCCAAUUUUGCAACCAGUAUCUUAUCUGCUGAUAGCAAAUUCAUGACUAAAUAUCUAAAGAUUUGGAACUGGAUUGGACUCUGCAAUCCAAUGACACUUAGUCGGUAGUGCUAGUAAUUAUUUGGUGUGGUACUUUACGCACGAAAAAACGGUAUGUACCCGACCUCACUAUUUUAUUUUAAAUUCAUGCUCACGGAUUAAUUUUUUACCGACACUUAUUAUGCUUGUAUUUUCAUCAAAAAAAGUAACCUGAUCAUUUAAUUUUAGAUAAAAGGCAGCAUCGCACACACGGACGGUCGAAUAAUGCUCGGUGAUCAAAUUCUCUCCAUUAACGAUAUCGACGUACAAAACAGUUCUCAGGAGGAAGUCGCUACACUUCUUAAGGUACUAAUUUUUAUAUGGGCAACUCAUAUCAAGACCACGGACGCGUUUUCGAAAAUUCCAUCAAGAUGAAACACCAGUCAUGCUGGAAUUAGAUUCCCUCUUCUAAAUUUUUAGCAGAAGUUUUUUUUUAUUUGAUUGAAGUUGAAAAACAAUUCUGUUUGGGCCAACAGUGCUCAGAUCUGCUCGGUGUAAGACUCUGACUCUGAGUAUUGUUCCCUAGAGACCCCGCGAUGCUCAUACCAACGGGUGCCAUUCCCUCUAAAAUAGCUUUACAGAGCAAUUGGCCUUCUCUUCUUCAGCCAUUUCGCUGACAUUGCAAAAAAACUAAGACAGUUCAGACAGUCAAAGGAUGCAGUUAGUUCCGAGUCACUGGUCCGUUCAGGAUGGGCAUGUUAGUGUGGCCCUCGGGUUGAUUCUAUUCCUAGUAUUUGCGCUAGCUUGCGCGCCACCGUCCUCCCACUCCAUCUUCUUUCUUCCUCUUUUUCAGGCAGCACAAGGAAAGAUUACACUGCGACUUGGUCGGCUAAAGAACCAGACCCGUCUGCUCAGCGCGGCAUCGGCGUUUGUGUGCUGCCAACGGCAGUUGAAGAAGGACGCUAGUUGAUGCAAAAGAGAGGUACGGUGGUAGUCGGUUUUGUUAGUGCACACCUCCUCCCCCUACCUCCUAAGCGAGAUUUACAAGCAGUAAAAAACCUACAACGAACGCAUUUCUUAGGCUGUGUUCUCCGUGAGAAAGUGACACCUCAAGGCUCUCUAGACUCACGGGGUUUCCUCAAAAUACUCUUUAGCAAUGCCCUUGGUCUGUUAGAUCGAGAAACUUGGUAUGUAAGCUAGGUAAGAAGUCGGUUGAGCUGAAAAGAAGCGCGGGAAUGCGAUACAUCCUCAGUUAGGGUACUUUCCUCGGCAAAUGUGGGUUCUUGCCAGACUGCUGUUUAUAAGACUGUGUUCCUACUUAAUACCAAAUUCUGUCCUUUAGGGCAGUGAUUUCACAGAGUUGAGGGUAUCGUAAAAUAUAAGUGCCGGUUCGGUCGACGGGUUCUCCAAGACCUGAGGUUGGGGGGACUGGCUGAUGACGGCUAAUAAGCCAGAAAUGGUCAUCCCAAUUUCCCGUGUUUUUGUCUGUAAUCACAUUCUACUUCAAAAUAUAUUCCGGAAGGCGAGCUCUCAUUAGAAAAAACGAGUUAUAGUUAGUAUGUCAUAUUACACCUCCAGUUAUGCCUUGUGAUCGGACUUUUCCACGUCUCACGGCCAAAUCGCACUUUACACGUGAAAAAAAUUACUACGAAAUAUGACAGAUGAAGUAUCAUGUCCUCCAGCAAAAUUAUGGUUGUGUAAUCUCCUCUGAGUUCGGCUUGUCUUAGAGGAGCGCGGUGUAUUUUUGAAUUUUUACCUGUUGCAGACUCUAUGGAUUUAAAUACCGAUUAUCGUAUCACUUCGAUCAACCAACAGUAUACAACUGGAAUAACCGUCACUACUUACGUAAUCAAUUAACAAAUUCAAUAUCUGCCUCAUUACCAGUCCCCCAAGACAUUUUUAAAACGGCACCGAGAUAUUCACUUACUAUUUGUAAAUGUAGAUGUUGGUGUAGAUGUUCUGACCUUGGACUUUUAAUGGAGCUCAUAAUUGCCUGACUGUUUAAGAUCAAAUUUUGUCCGCUGAGGAAUUUUCAUUCAAAGCCUUUUACAGUUACAUUUGUUCGAGAAAGUGCUUGACUCACAUUUUACUCCUUUUUAGUUCAUAAGCCGUUGCCAGUUCCCAUUCAUUGGCAUAAUUCGAAUUUCGUCAGCUAAUAGCAUGUUAGAUUAUACCAUGGGCCUUACGAGAAAUGUAAGCAGAGCCAGUAGAGUGGUAAAACCCACGUAUGUGAGUCAUACGGCCACACAAUACUGGUGGUUGGUUUUUUUUACCUGGUGUUGUGAAGUUGAGUCAGUGGCCGAUCUCACGAAACUUUAAUCAAAAUCCUAAGUUGUGUUUUCAAUUGUGAAGGAUUACUUAAGCUUUUCGUACAGCAUAAUCCCAAGAUAUCUCAGUCACAUGAGGCUGCCGGUUGUUUAAAACUCUUCUUUUCGGUCGGCUGCGAAAACCGCACUCGGUAAAAAAAUGACUAAUCAAGUAGCGCAUGCAAGUGUUAGUAUGCAUUUUCCGUUGAUUUUCGAUGCCCCAAUAAGUCCAAAUAUAUUUUACAGAAAACACGAUCGAGAAUAGGCUUACCCUGUACUCACCCCGCUGCGAAUCUCGUCUCCUUCAAAGCUGAUACUUAAAGAUUAUGUAUCUUUUGGUUUUAUAAAGUUUGUAAUUAUGACAUUUUCUAUGACCUCGAAAUUUCCAAUCAUAAAACAUUAUAUUUGCCCGUAUGUUAAUUCCGUUUAUCUAGUAUACAACAUGGUCCACAUAGAUGAAUAAAUCGUAUGAAUCCCAUAUAGUGUUCUCUGACCGACUUAGAAGAAUGUGUGAUCGUUCUUAUAUGGAAAGUAUACGGUUUCUGGACUACGAACCCUAGACGCAAAUGCAAAGGCAGGUCGGACUCAGAGUUAGUAUGGAAUUGUAAAGAUUUUAAAACCGAUAUAUACCCUAUCCUUGAAUUUCAAAUCUGAAGAAAACGAGGUUUACUGCCCAGUGAGUAUAAGAGAGCUUAGUUUUGACCGCGAUUUCCAUUAUACAUAUUUGAAUCAAUAAGAUCAUCAAAAAUAAACAGAAACAAUCACACCACCUAACUUGUCAUUUCUAUCAAGUGCGGGGUUGACGUGUGGCGGGAAAAGAAAUGUAUCAAGAACCCGGCAUUUCGGCGCAUCUGGAGUAUCUCUCGGGAUUAUGCUGCAUAAUAAUUAAUAGCACAACCCUAAUUAAGUAACACGUUCUAAAUGAAGGCACAUUCCAGGAUUCCGAUUAACAUUUCAGGUAUUAUCAGCAAAAAAAACAGAAACACCGAACAGGCAGCGUUUAGCUGAUUUGUCGUCAACAGUCAGUGCUGCCCACCAUUCGGUUGACUGGAUAUCCUCGAGGACCUGAGCUCGCAGCGCAGGAAGGUUAGGGUGUUGCUCGAUGAUUAAUUGACUGUUCGGGCGUGCGACCUGGGUUUGUGCUACUGCUGCUGAAUGACGACAAAUAAGUCAGAUCUGGGCAUUUCACUGUCUCAGUCUUUGUCGAUAGGACGGCUAUAUUGCAGUUGGGGGACGGCGACCUUAAACCUAAUCCUAACCUUGGCCCUAAUCCUAACCUUAGCCCUAACCUUAACCUUAGACGUUAACCGUUAACCCUAACGGAAACCAUUAACCGGUACCCUAAUCCUAACCUCGAACGUAAAACGUAAGCCAAAUGCGUCAGAUGUGAUUAUGUAGCCCCACAAAAAUACGCCAAUAAAAGAAACCUCAGCCACCGAGAGUACGGGGCCUGGCUAUCAACUGCGAUGUAGUCGAUAAAACUACUGCAUGGGGUGAUUGACAGUCGCCAUGCGAUCGCCGGCGUGGACUCGCAGAGCCAAGGGAAGACGCAGAUGUGCCCUUCCGUUCUGCAAACAGGAUAGAUGGCAGCAAACCAGUCGACUGUAACAUGUGAUUUAUUUCCUUUGGCCGAAAAAAGGUGAAACGAUUGUCUGUAUAAAACGGUGAUUGACGCUGGUGGUGGUGGUGGUGGUGGUGGUGGUGGUGGUGGUGGUGGUGGUGGUGGUGGUGGUGGUGGUGGUGGUGCAGACGUGUGGUUUUCUCUGCAGUCGACUCCAUUCUGCUCAUGUGUUUGCGUUAAUAUUAGGAGCGGACCCUAUAAGUCUGCACAUCACUUUUACUUCAGGUUGAUUCAGUGAUUUCAAUACAGUUUUUUGCUUUUCUUUUCCAGUUUCAUUAAGUAUAUUAUGGGACGAAGGGUGGGAGCUACUUCUUGGAUGUACAGUCGCCAGGACCACAACUGCUCAAUGA